UCUAGCCUCAGCUUCAAUAUCACCCGUCAUUUUCUUUUCUGUCACGUAAUUUCUUUGUCCUUCUAGUUUAUAUACUUGUAUUGAAACCAAUCUCACGGUCUAACGGCAGCACUCCAACCAGUUUUCCCAUAGCUGUCUCUCUCCUCUUCCUUUGCUAGCUAGAGCCUAUGCUAUUGUACUAGCAUCACUAUUCCUCUGGUGGUUUCUUCUGUUGUGCCAGUGCUUGUAUUUGUCAAAGUUGAUUUCUCCUUGUAAGAACUCGCUUUGGUUUGGGUAAAUAAGAUGCCAAGUUCAGGUUCUUUCCUACGGCAGCUGAGUGGGAGGUCAACAUCUUGGAGGAGGAGUGCUAGCAACAGCAAGUAUUGCACUGUUGAAGGUGGCUAUAACUGUGAGAGAAGUUUGAAGCAAAUGGAAGGGGCUUCCAUGUAUGGUAAUGACAAUGCUGGGCUGGUUAUGAGAAAAAGAGUGGUGGUGGUGGUAGAUCAAACUUCACAUUCUAAGCAUGCAAUGAUGUGGGCAUUGACUCAUGUGGCUAACAAGGGUGAUUUGCUCACUUUGCUUCACAUUAUCCCUCCUAGCGACAUGGGCAGCGGUGAAAGAACAUCUGAUGCUUACUCUCCUUAUCUUGCCAGUUCUCUUGGGUCGCUUUGCAAGGCUAGCCGACCUGAGGUGGAAGUGGAAGCACUGGUGAUUCAAGGACCCAAGCUGGGCACGGUGUUGAGCCAAGUGAAGAAGCUAGAGGCUUCUGUGCUCGUCCUGGGUCAGAAAAGGCCCUCCACACUUAUCAGCUGCCUCUGUGGGACAAGCAGCAGCGAAGAUUUUGUUCAACAGUGCAUCAGCAAUGCAGAGUGCUUGACUGUCGGUGUAAGGAAGCAGAGCAAAGGCAUGAGCGGGUACCUCAUCACCACUAGAAGGCAGAAAGACUUCUGGCUCCUUGCUUAGGUUGAUUUCAGAGGUUAAUAACACUAAUUAGGUUAGAUUCAAUGCACUACUACUAGCGUCCAGUCCUCUGUAAUCCCUUUAGUACUGACCGGUUCUUCCCCCUUUUCAAUGUAAUGCUAUGAGAAUCUUUCUACUACUGAAAGUGAUUUUAUUGUGGAUAGCGUUUGAUGUUGCUCCAUUUUAUUUA